AAAGGAAGGAGAGAGAGAGAGAGAGAGAGAGAGAGAGAGAGGGACGUUUUGGGAGAUUCAGUUGAAAUUGGGAAGAUCGGUAGGGAUUUGAAGGGACUUGCUUGCAUUUCGCAACCUCCUCUCUCCAAAAUUAGUUGUGAGGGGAGCUCGAAAGGGCAAUGGAGAGGAGACUCCGUCAAUGUAACGGAUCAAACCUAGAACAACACAUUCUCUCUCUACAACUUUUUUUCUCUCUCCUCCGUUUUCUCAGCUCGAUUGAGGAUUAUUCGGUGAUUUAUACACUUAUCUUUACCUCUCCCCCUCAUUUCCAAGAGGUACUCUCUCUCACUUUCUCUCUCCUCCAUUUUCAUCAAUUUCCUUGUGCAUUUGGUUGUGGCCUUUUUUCUAGCAUCGUGAUAGGAGUGUUUGAUUCUUCUGCUCUUUCGACCCAUUGUCCAAUUCGUUUUGUUGGCAAAAGACUAUCACGUAGGUGAUAUCAAUCAUGUCUGGACCCCUAUCUCCCAAACCAGCUCUCAACGUUGAGAAUUCUGAGGAUGAGAGGAAGACUAGAAUUGGGUCUUUGAAGAAAGCGGCAAUGAACGCCUCAGCGAAGUUCAGAAAUUCCUUGACAAGGAAGGGCAGGAGAAGUAGCAGUAGAGUCAUGUCUGUUGAAAUCGAGGAUGUGCAUGAUGCUGAGGAGGUGCAGGCUGUUGAUGCAUUCCGUCAAGCACUUAUCUUGGAGGAACUACUACCCUCAAGACACGAUGAUUAUCACAUGAUGCUCAGAUUUCUGAAGGCCAGAAAAUUUGACAUAGAGAAAACAAAGCAAAUGUGGGCCGAUAUGCUUCAGUGGAGGAAGGAAUUUGGUGCUGACACCAUCAUGGAGGACUUUGAAUUCAAGGAAAUCAAUGAAGUCUUAGAACAUUAUCCCCAAGGACACCAUGGAGUUGACAAGGAAGGCCGACCCAUCUACAUUGAGAUGCUGGGAAAGGUAGAUGCCACCAAGUUGAUGCAGGCAACUACCAUGGACCGCUAUGUGAAAUACCAUGUACGGGAGUUUGAGAGGACGUUUGAUGUCAAGUUCCCUGCUUGCUCAAUUGCAGCAAAGAAGCACAUCGAUCAGAGUACAACCAUCCUUGAUGUGCAGGGAGUGGGACUUAAAAAUUUCAACAAAGCUGCUAGGGAACUCGUACAACGCCUUCAGAAGAUUGACGGCGACAAUUAUCCUGAGACGCUGAAUCGUAUGUUCAUCAUCAACGCGGGUUCUGGAUUUAGAUUGUUGUGGAACACUGUUAAAAGUUUCCUUGACCCUAAGACCACUGCAAAGAUCAAUGUUCUUGGUAACAAGUACCAGAGCAAGUUGCUUGAAAUAAUUGAUGCAAGUGAAUUGCCAGAAUUUCUAGGAGGCACCUGUACUUGUGCUGACCAAGGAGGCUGCAUGCGUUCUGAUAAGGGGCCAUGGAAGGACCAAGAAAUAAUGAAGAAGGUUCAGAAUGGUGAAGCCAAGUGUACAAGGAAAUGCAGUACUCAAGGCACUGAGGAAAAGACAAUAUCAGAGGAUGAGACUGCAUGCAAAAAGGGAUGUGAUUCAUCAAAUCUGUAUGGAGCUCCAGUUGCGGACGAGGUGCCUUCAGUCUGCCCAAAACGUCCAAAGGACAUAGAGCAUCCACUUUCUCCUAUUCAUGAAGAAGUUUAUACUACCAAAAAAAUUCCUAAAUCAUUUGAUUAUCGAGACUUCAUGCCAGUGGUUGACAAGACAAUGGAUGCGUCUUGGCAGAAAAUGGUAGAUAAUGAGAGAUUUACUCCCUCGAAAGGGGGAGAUUAUUUCACCAUGCAUGAUGCUUGCAAGUCUCCUGAUGGAUUUAGCAACCAGGUCUUCAGUGGUGUCAUGACCUUUGUCAUGGGCGUUGUCACUAUGAUCAGAGUGACACGGAACAUGCCCAAGAGGCUCACUGAUGCCUCUUUAUUGUCCAGCUCAUUGCACUGCGAUGACACAGUGGUGAAAGGCCACGUACAGUCACAAAAGUUACCAGCACCUGCUGUCUCUAGUGCAGAGUUCAUGUCAGUCAUGAGGCGCAUGGCUGAAUUGGAAGAGAAAGUGAUUGUUCUGACCGCCAAACCUGCAGCCAUGCCUGUUGAGAAGGAGGAAAUGCUAAAUGCUGCUGUAAGCCGGGUUGACGUCUUGGAACAGGAGCUAAUGGCAACCAAGAAGGCUCUGGAGGAUGCCCUUGUCCGACAAAAUGAGCUCCUAGCUUACAUUGAGAAAAAGAAGAAGAAGAAACUGUUUAGCUGGUAAAGGGAGCGAUGGUGAACGAUGAUGGAUGCUCUGCAAGCUCGUGCUUCAUUGAUGUCCUUUUCUACAAGGUCACCCAAAUGUAUUCUGAUUGCAUGUAUGAUAUACAUUGUACCCGGCCCAAGGUUUUGCUUCAAUACACAAAUAAAACUUGAAUAAAACUCAGCACUUCAACAGUAUCCAUAAAUUUCUAUAUAUUAUGUAGUGUAAUAGGUUAACGAAGAGCCAUGUUUGUUUUGACACUUUGAAGGACCUGUGUAACAGGACACUCAAACCUGGAUCUGUGUUUUGUGUGAGUUUUGUGUUUGGGCUUAAAAUUAUCAAGAGGCAUGGCCACCUUGAAACCA